UCAUGUACUCUGUGUACUACCUGUUCAUGUACUCUGUGUACUACCUGUUCAUGUACUCUGUGUACUACCUGUUCAUGUACUCUCUGUGUGUCCAGAGAUUACACAGACCCAUUUCCUGAGCUAUCUUUGUCCCUCACUUGGCCUGUUUUCUACAAAUAGCCUGGUCCAGGAGGGACUUUCAGGGAGGAGGAGGAGGACCAGAACUAUGAGGAGGUGGAGGAAGAAGAGGUUUAGGUGAGAUGAGGAGGGCCAAAGAUCAUGAAAAAGAAGAGGAGGAAUCGGCGAAAAGCCAGAGAGGAGCAUUUCAGACGUCUUUCUCGUCUCUCCGUUCAACAUGGACACGUUUUUCCGCCGUCACUUUAAGAGGAAGGAAGCCGUUCUGCCGGCGGCUGCGGAGGUCAAAUCCGUCCAUCAGCGGCGGCCUAGCGUGGCCAUCCCGACCAGCAAGGCCCGUCGCCGGUCCAACGCUGGGCUGCCCUCUUCCACGCUGAGCCAGCGGCGGCGCCCCAGUGUCCAGCUGCAGGAGGUGCCGCCGUGUGCCGGAGGGGGGCGCUUGGCAAAGACGGCCCGGCACAACAGGUGGGCGGGACACGUUCGCCGGCGCUCCAGCACCACCACCCCCAGCCUCAACCCCAGGUUCGCCGUGUGCAGGAGCAAGGUGGGGAAGCUGCGGACCAUCGACACCCACCUACUCGGCCCAUCCAUGCUGCUCGCCAGCCUCAUCCAGAUGACUGAGGAAGUGGAGGAGGAGGGGGCCGGGUUACCGUCCGGAGAGCAGCAGGUGGAGGUGAGGGGCGGCGCCAACAGCGGGAGGAUGUUUUCAUGCUCCAGCAGCCUCCACUCGGACGGAGACGACGACAGCAGCGAUUACUCCACCGCCAACGACAGCCAAUCAGAAGCCAGCCCGCCGUCCGAGGUGGAGCAGCUGGCGGAGGAGGAGGAGGAGGACGCUUCCUGGUCACACAUCUCCUUCUCCUCCUCCUCUGACCGUGCCUCCUCCUCCAACCUGAUGAGGACGUCGCGGGCCCUCAUCAGGGCCCCUCGCUGCCUGAGGAGGAACUCGUCUCAGGUGUUUUCAGGAGAUGCCGCUCCGUUCAGCCGCCACCAGGCCUCCAGCCAGAAGAAGAGGAGGAGGAUCUCCACCAUCUCCAAGGCUGGGAGCCCCUGGCCAGGAAGAGGCCCCCCGCUGCCCAGCCGUAGGAGUUCAGUCCACUACCUCAACCACCUGGCCUUCUACCGGGGCCCCGGGCCCUUCAGCCCGCUGGGUGACUCCCAUCUGGAGAGCUGGAGCAGCUUUCUGCUGAAAGCCAUCGCCAAGUCGGGUCUGCAGCCUGCGGUGGCAACACUCGGACCGGCCGACCUGCCGCCGGAGCCCAACAGCACCGUGGACUGGAGCGACAACGCCCAGUUCGGGGACCACAUCUGGUUUGAGACCAGCGGCUCCGGAGACUUCUGUUAUGUGGGAGAGCAGUACUGCAUCGCCAAACCCCUGCAGAAGUCGGUGUCGAGGAAGAAGUGUGCGGGCUGUAAGAUCUCGGUGCACACGAUGUGCAUGCAGCAGCUGGAGAAGAUUAAUUUCAGGUGCAAGCCGUCGUUCAGAGAAGCAGGAAGUCGGGCGGUUCGAGAGUCUAACGUGGUGCGACACCACUGGGUCCACAGGAGACGUCAGCCUGGGAAGUGUCGCCAGUGUGGGAAGGGAUUCCAACAGAAGUUUUCUUUCCACAGCAAAGAGAUUAUUGCCAUCAGCUGCUCGUGGUGCAAACAGGCGUAUCACAAUAAGGUGACGUGCUUCAUGCUGCAGCAGAUAGAGGAGUGCUGCUCUCUGGGAGCUCACGCUGCCGUCAUCAUCCCUCCUACGUGGAUCAUCAGGGUCCGCAGAACACAGUCGUCUUUAAAGUCGAGUAAAAAGAAGAAAAGGACGUCGCUGAAAUGCAACAAGUCGAGCAAGAAGGGCUCAGAGAUCCAAGAUGGCCGCUGGAAGCCCUUCCUGGUGAAGCCUCUGAUCUCUCAGCUCAUGAAGCCUCUGCUGGUGUUCGUGAACCCGAAGAGUGGAGGAAACCAGGGAGCCAAGAUCAUCCAGUCCUUCAUGUGGUCCCUGAACCCCCGGCAGGUGUUCGACCUGACGAAGGGAGGACCCAGAGAGGGGUUGGAGCUGUACGCCAAGGUGCCCAACCUGAGGAUCCUGGCCUGUGGGGGGGACGGGACCGUGGGCUGGAUCUUGUCCGUGUUGGAUGAGCUGAAGCUCCGCCCUCAGCCUCCUGUCGGCAUCCUCCCUCUGGGGACCGGCAACGACCUCGCAAGAACUCUUAACUGGGGAGGGGGAUACACAGAUGAGCCGCUUACAAAGAUCCUCUCACACGUGGAGGACGGAAACAUCGUCCAGCUGGACCGAUGGAACCUGAACGUGGAGGCGAACCUUGAGGCCCGGCCGCAGGACCGGGACGAGCAUCAGACUGACCAGCUUCCCAUCGACGUCUUCAACAACUAUUUCAGUCUGGGCUUCGACGCUCACGUCACGCUGGGCUUCCACGAGUCCAGAGAGGCGAACCCGGAGAAGUUCAACAGCCGCUUCAGGAAUAAGAUGUUCUAUGCAGGAGCGGCCUUCUCAGACUUCCUGAGCGGGAGUUCCAAAGACCUCGCCAAGCACAUCCGAGUGGUGUGUGACGGGACGGACCUGACGGCCAAAGUCCAGGACCUGAAGCUUCAGUGUCUGCUCUUCCUCAACAUCCCCAGGUACUGUGCCGGCACCGUGCCGUGGGGUCACCCCGGUGAUCACCAGGAAUUUGAACCGCAGCGCCACGACGACGGCUGCAUCGAGGUCAUCGGCUUCACCAUGACGUCUCUGGCCACCCUGCAGGUCGGCGGUCACGGCGAGCGGCUCCAUCAGUGUAAAGAAGUGACCCUCACCACCUACAAGUCCAUCCCCAUGCAGGUGGACGGAGAGCCCUGCAAGCUGGCGCCCUCCAUUAUCCACAUCAACCUGAGGAACCAGGCCGACAUGGUGCAGAAGACCAAGAGGAGGGUCUCAAUGCCCCAUCUCAACAGUCAGCAGCCGCUUCCUGAGAAGCUCCAGAUCAGGGUGAACCGGGUCAGCAUGGCGGCAUAUGAGGCUCUGCACUACGACAAGGACCAGCUGAAGGAGGCCUCGACUCCUCUGGGAAUCAUCACCGUCCCCGGAGACAGCGACCUGGAGACCUGUCGUCUGUUCAUCGAGGGUCUGCAUGAAGACCUGGACCAGGAACAGCAGAGACUGGAUCAGUGCGGUGACGUGAUGAAGGGGGUCAGUCUGUCUCCACAGAAGUUGUCCAUGAAGUGGUGUUUCCUGGACUGUACCACUGCAGACCGCUUCUACAGGAUCGACCGGGCCCAGGAGCACCUGAACUACGUGACAGAGAUUUCUCAGGAGGAGCUCUACAUCCUGGACCCGGAGCUGGUCCUUCAGGAGACGGUGGCCACCUCCCCUGGCGUGACGGACCUGGUGGACUCUGAGGAGCACCAGGACCGGGACCGGCAGAGACAGUUUGUCUUCCCCUCCUCCCCGCCGAGUUCUUCAACGACCUCACACGACCUUCAACAAGGGGGAGACGCCUAAACAUCGCGCUGAGAAGGCCGACGACCAGGAACUGUCUGAAUAUCUGGAGAACCGCCAGAUGAUCCACAGAGAGGACCAGGAAACGGGGGUCUGAAGUCCUCCAAGUAUUCAAUUCACUUUAUUUUGUUUAGCCCAAUAUCACAAAUCACAAACUCCCCUCAGAGGGCUUUACAAUCUGUACACAUACGACAUCCCUGACCUUUGACCU